AUGACUCUAGCCCUCGCCGCUUGCAGUCAUGCUUCAGUCACCACGCCUCGGUUGGACAACUCUGCAAUCAAAUCUAUAAGCAACUCCACAAGUUCAGGCAAAUACGUCAAGUUUCCCGUUAUUCACUCGACGAAUCGGGAUGUCUUCGCCGACGUGUGGGCGAAGCGGGGAAUUCAAACUGUGCCGCUGGCAAAUCGAUCUGAUGUAGCCUACUAUGCAAGACUUGAAAUCGGGAAUCCUCCGCAGCCGAACUAUGUUCAGUUAGACACUGGAUCGUUCGAGCUGUGGGUGAAUCCUGACUGCUCAAGUUUACAAGGGGCUUCAGACGUCCAAUUCUGCAAGGCCGUGGGGUCUUAUAACCCAUCAUCGUCUUCUAGUGCCGUGGUCACGCAGGGAACCAAGACGCUGAGGUAUGGCAUUGGCAGUGCCGAUAUCCAAUAUGUGACUGACGACAUUGGUUUCUCUGAAGGAAAUAGCCCAUUGAAGAAUGUGCAAUUUGGUGUUGCAUUGGCCACGGUAGAUGAAUUCUCCGGUAUCUUGGGAAUCGGCCACGGCGAGAAUGUGACGAUUCGGUACAAGAACUUCAUCGACGAAUUGGAGGACCAGGGUGUAACAGAUACGAAAGCUUUCAGUCUCGCGCUUGGCAGCAAGAAUGAACAGGAAGGUGUGGUGAUUUUUGGUGGUCUCGACACGGGCAAGUUCACGGGGACGCUCCAAAAACAGCCAAUCAUCCCAGCAAAGGAAGCCCCUGAUGGAGUACCAAGAUACUGGAUCGACAUGGACUUUAUGAGCCUUACGCCGCCAAGCGGGCAGACCAAGAAGUUCGCCAACACGACGAUGGCGGUGUUUCUCGACAGCGGCGCCACGUUGACAUUGCUGCCUCAAACACUAGCCGAUGCCAUUGGCGCCGACUUUGGGGCUGAUGGUACAGACUCCAGCGGGUUCUACAAGGUCGACUGCGGACUGAACGAUUUGAACGGCACUGUCGACUUUGCCUUCUCGGGUGUCACCAUUCACGUCCCAUAUAGCGAGAUGAUACGGGAGAUUCAGACCAGCUUUGGCACUCAGUGCUACCUGGGUAUCACCCCCAAUGAAGACUUUGUUCUCCUCGGUGAUACCAUGCUACGGUCAGCCUACGCUGUCUUUGACCAAUCGUCCGACGCCAUCUACCUUGCCCAGUACGUCAACUGUGGCACCGAAGAAGUCGAAAUCACCACGACGACCGACAUUGCCCAGAUUAAGGGCAAAUGCGGUGCUCCAUCCUUCAUGACGACUACGUCGACGACGGUUAGCGAGAGCACUUCAAGUAGUUCUGCCACUGCUACGGUCACUGCCGCCGCCACGGCAGGAGGUUCGUCUGUGGUUGCUGCAAGUAGCACCCCAACAGCUUCGAAUGCAAUUUCGUCGAUAGGGGCGGUCUCCAUCUACUGGCUCAGCAUUGGCAUGGCGAUGGCGGUUUCUCUUGGUUUGGCGGGGGUUGUUUGA